AUGCCUACCAAGUCGAACGCAAUCAACGCUUCUAAGCAGAGUCCCCCGCCGAGCGAGGAGCGACCAUCUCGAGCAUCGUCGUCGACCGAUCUCUCGUCGCUGCCUUCUCCGCCCCAACACCGCUCCUCUUCUCCCGCCCAGCGCCCAGUGUCCCCGACCGAUCCCACCAAAAAGGCCUCCAAGGACCAGGCCCCUGCCCCAUCCCGCCCUGGUGCACGUCCUGUUGCUCGCAACAACUUCGAUCUCGAGCCCAAUCCCUUUGAGCAGUCUUUUUCACGCGGCUCGGGCACAUCCAUACACACCCUUACCAACGGUGCCCGUUCCCCAGGCUCGACCCGCCGCACAUCACCUGGUGCUACGCUGCCCCCACCCGUUGGAAAUGGCCCAGAGACGCCCAAGCCAGUCCUUCCCCCACUCGCCUCGCUCUCCUCGCCCGGCGGUCCCAAUGCGUUUGGCCACUGGGGGCUAGGCAGCGGCGGUCUCUCUGGUAGCCUACGCAGUGGGCCCCUCUCCCCUGCCCUUCUCAACGGCCCAAAAGACCAGGCCGGCAGACCCAAUGGCACCGGUGUCGGCGGCUGGGACCCCUCCCACCCUGCCUUCCGUACCGGCCUCACCCCAGACGUUGGCCGCACGGGUCUCACCCCCUUGGUCGGUGGUCCCGUCUCUUUCCCCCCGCCCUCACCCAAUACCGCCGCCUUUCUCGCCAUGGUCACAAACCACACCUCUGGUGUAUCUGGAGCCAUGACCGUCGGCGGUGCGCUUACAGGUGACAUGGUCCCCGGCUCCAGUGCCACGAUUACACCCGGAACUCUCACCGCUCUUGUCAAUAGCAUGUCUCAGACCAACACCAACCAAAACCAGCCUCACCCCUUGUCCAUGUCUCAUCUUCCCGGCAGAUUUGGUCAAAACAACAAUCAACAAAAUGAGCAGCGCACCCAGGGCCAGUUCCCACCCAACUCGUAUCAGAACAACACCGAUCCUUACCAUGGUGCUGCUCAAAACGCCGCCGCUGCCGCAGCCAAUGGCCUGUUCUUGCUCAGCCAGGCCCAUCAGGAACUCACGAAACGAGAAGAGGCCGCACAAGCUGCCAGUCAACCUGCCGGCUCCAAGCGCAAUAACAGCAUAUCUGGACACAACAAGCGCAAGUCGACCGACAGUGGCCCAUCCAAGCCUGUCGCCAAGAAGACCCGGUCCAUGCGAUCCAAGCGAGGCCGCCAGAGCGAUGAUGACGGCGAUGGCAGUGAUGACGACGACAUGUCAGACAUGGAAGGAGAAUCCUAUGAACCCGAAAGUAGCAAACCCACCAACAAGCCGAAGAAGGCUGAGACAGAAGAGGAGAAGCGAAAGAACUUCCUUGAACGCAAUCGACAAGCCGCUCUCAAAUGCCGCCAGCGCAAAAAGGCAUGGCUCACUCAACUUCAGGCCAAAGUCGAAUAUCUGACGGCCGAAAACGACCGGCUCACAUCCACACUGACAGGCAUGCGGGAUGAAGUCACACGGCUAUCGGCCAUCGUGGUCGCGCAUCGGGAUUGUGGGCUAGGGGGCGUUGCCUUGGGCACUCAGCUAGCACAUGGAGCAACCAGUAGUAUAAACAAUGGCCAACCCGGAGCACCCGUCAGCAUCCCCGUGAGCGUUGCCCAGACGGGUGCUAGCAGCGUAGCGUCCGUCCCGGUGGGCGCUGUCGGGGGUGCCAGAACCCGUUCUGGAUAUGGAUACUAA